GAGACGACCCAAGAUGGCGGCGCGCGGCGAGUUCGGGCCGUGGCUGGAGGCGCGGCUGGAGGCGCUGGGGCUGGACGGCGACGUGUACGGGGGAUACGUGCGAGGCCUGCUGCGGGAGGCCGAGAGCGACGCGGAGCGGCUGGAGGGACUGGAGGCGGCGCUGGCUGCGGGGGAGCCGGAUGAAGAUGUGCUGCAACAGGUUUGCAGGGAAAUAGUAAAAAGGUGGUCAGAGGCCCAGGAUGUUGGAACCAAAGAGAAGAAAGAAGAUGAGAUCCAAGCCAUUGCCAGCAUGAUUGAGAAACAGGCACAGAUUGUGGUGAAGCCCAAGGAGGUCUCAAAGGAGGAGACGCUCCGGAAAGCCGCCCUCCUAGCCCAGUACGCCGAGGUGACGGAUGAAGAAGACGAGGCUGACGGUCAAGAUGUUUCUGGGGCAGCCGCAGCGGCGAUGACCAUCAACUCUGAGCAAUCCUUGUUCAAAAACACCAACCUCACAGAGGUUGUGAACGCCCGGAAGCUGGAAAGGGAGCAUUUGAGGGAUGAGUCACAGCGGAAGAAGGAGCAAGACAAGCUCCAGCGCGAGAAGGACAAGUUGGCCAAGCAGGAGCGCAAAGAGAAGGAGAAGAAGAGGACACAGAAAGGGGAGAGGAAGCGGUAGCUGGGCAGAGCUCCCAGACUCCUCUCUGCAGCUGCUGGGGAGCCCCC